AUGCCUCGCCCUCACUACUCGCCCCUCGAUUCUCCGCUAUCCUCGGUGGCCUCGGACGAGCCUUUUGAGGAUGACGCCCACGACGAAGAUGAGGCGCCCCUCCGCCCCUCGAAGCGGCAAAAGGUCGAGGUCAGGUCCACGACGUCGUCGGCCGUUGUUGUCGACGCCGAACACGAAACGGUGCCGGAGCCGGAUCCCCUUGAGGGAAUGUCCGACGUUUCUUCCGACACAUCGGGCGACAUUCCCACGUCCCCCGUGAACGCGCGACUGGACGAGGACGAUUUCCAGGACCAGGUGACUGUGUGCGACUGGGACGGCUGCCCAGCCGGCGACCAGCGCAACAUGGACAAGCUGGUCGAGCACAUCCACAACUCGCACAUCGAGAACCGCCAAAAGAAGUAUACUUGCGAGUGGAAGAGCUGCACUCGCAAGGGUCUUCCCCACGCCAGUGGAUAUGCCCUCAAGGCGCACAUGCGUAGCCACACGAGGGAGAAGCCAUUUUAUUGCUACCUGCCAGGUACGCCGAGUGAAUCUGCGUCACGAUCACCCUCGGUGGAUGCUAACGCGCGCACAGAGUGCGACCGGUCCUUCACCAGGUCCGAUGCCCUUGCAAAACACAUGAGGACGGUUCACGAGACGGAAGCCCUACGACCAUCCGAUCCGGUGCCCAAGUCCAUGCAGUCGGGCCCGACGGGGCGAUCAGGAAAGCUAAAGAUUAUAAUAAAGACGCCGCAGUCGCAUGGCGCCGGCCAAGAAGACGGCGCAGACGGGUCGGUCAACGGCGAGGAUCUCAACGCCGAGUACUUCACUGCGCUUACGAGCGACAUAUUUAGCGCCGACGAACUUGCCUUUCCCGUCGACAAGCUGUAUCGCAAAUGCUACUGGGAAUCGAAAUGGGCCGACGACGUCGGCGAGACGCUUAGGAAGGAGUGUAAGGAAUGGGAGGAGAUAUAUUACAAGGAGUGGCUGGAGAAGGAGGUGAUGCUGACGCAGGUGAUCAAGAAUGAGGUUGACUGGCAUGAUCGGCGCCAGGCUAUACUCUCCGGCAAGGUGGAUGUGCAAAUUUCCGGCGCCAUCAACGGCCAGGACGAUGACAAGACCAACGGCGUCCGCGCAAAGAGCGACGAGGCCACCGCCGUCGAUGAAGCCCCAGCCGUGGAAGCAUGA